AUGUGGCUGACCGUAUACCAGGCUAGUUUAGAUGUGAAGCCGUCUCGCCGCUUCUACAGUUUCGAAGACAUCGAGAGUGGCCUCUCGGCGGCGCUUUCGUCUACACUGGGCGAGUUUGAACAUUAUUGCAGGACAAUCCUGCUACAGUUACCGCAGGUUACGGGAACAGCUGAAAGGGGCGAUCUUCUUCAACAGCUGUCUCGUCGCACGCACAGAUGCUUCGAAAUAUCUACUGCCUGCGAUGCCGAGUCCUUUGGCAGCAGUCAGAUUGCACGGCAACACGUCAAUGUCCUCGAACGUCUCGCUAAACAUUAUGAGGAUACUGGGACUGACGCAUUCGAAGCUCCGGAGCUUCGUCUCGAGGCAUCGGGUCUACGAGACAGGUACAAUCUCCCCCCUGACGGCUUCGAAAUCGACGAAGUAGCGAUAUUCCACAGCAUGUCGGUCCGAGCUUCCAAUGCCUUCGACACGAUGAAGCCACGCAUUCUUGACCGCCACUUCGCCAAUCUCUUCUCAACCGUCAGCCCAGCCUUUCCACCAGCACAUGUGGCUUUGUGCUUUGACAGGCCACAGGCGGCCAAAGCAUUACUUAUUCAAACCCGUGACCAGUGCUUGUCAACUGAUAUCUUGAAAAGGCGAAUCUCUCACCUCGCUGCAGAAUUCGGCGACGUCAACUUACUGCAAAAGCCUACUGCGGAAGCUAGGGACAUCUUCAACAUGACGCAACUCGCCGUCGCCGCCAAUACAGGAGAUCUGGAGCUCUUCGAAAAUCUUGUACAAUGCGGCCAUUCCUUGGACGCACGCGACGUGGAGGGUCGCAGUAUACUCUGCAUCGCAGCAGGGGCUGGCAGCACGGAGAUUGUCAAAUAUAUGCUGGAGCGCAAAGUCAACCCCAAUCCAUAUAGCCUGGAAGGGGGUCAGUACUUCCCCUCGACAUACACCGCAUUGCAUGCAGCAGCGGCUGGUGGCCAUAUCGAUGUGGUAAAAGUCCUUUUGAACCACAAAGCCAUUGCAAGAUGGGUUUCUCACGAUUGUACGCCAUCCCAGGAGGCUUUCAAGCACGGCCAUGAAGCCGUGGGGAAGCUUUUGAAAGAAGUCGAGGCUGUUGAAAAUCGCCAUCUCGAAGAGGCGGGAAGGACGAAUGCAAUGGCGAUGACGCCUGUGUCUACACCACAUGUCUUAGUACCGAGCCAUAUAAACGUCGCUACUCCGCAGCUGGAACGUGCUCAAUCCCAAAAGCCGUCAGAAACAACGGGAGGGCGUUUUGCGUCACCGAAUCCCUGGUCGCGCAAACGGACACACGCUGAUUCAGAAGCGCAUACCACGCCUGCAUGA